CACCAACAUGCUGUGAUCCUGACUGCUGACCUGUGCCGUGCACAACGACUGGGACAACUUUUCGCACACAAGAAUCCCACUUUCCCAGCAUCUUCCAGACACCAUGUGCAAUAACUCCUAGGAAAUAUUGCUGCCUGUGCUGCCGUCUCCAUCCUAAAAAUGUAUUGUCUUCCAUUGGCGAUCACAGCACUACUAUCAGUUUUCUGCAGCAUCAAUUACAUUCCCAUUGUUAAUGCAGACGGAAAGGAAGGAGAGAUCCUUCCCCCCACAAUCCAGAAGCUCAUGAAAGGAUAUAACAAAUAUCUGCGCCCCUUCUUUGAUAAUGGACCUGUGACAGUAGGAAUGAGUCUGGACAUUGCCAGCAUUGAUACAAUAUCAGAAAUUAACAUGGAUUAUACUGCUACCAUAUUCCUAAGACAGCGCUGGACUGAUGAGCGACUCUGCUUUGAAGGAAACAAAAGUCUAAGUUUGGAUGGUCGUCUGGUGGAACUAUUGUGGGUCCCCGAUACAUUCAUAGUGGACUCAAAAAAGUCAUUUCUUCAUGACAUCACUGUAGAAAAUCGUCUUAUACGGAUUUAUCCAAAUGGAACAGUACUUUACGCUUUAAGGAUAACCACAACAGUUGCAUGCAGUAUGGACUUAACAAAGUAUCCUAUGGAUAAGCAAACAUGCACACUGCAACUCGAGAGCUGGGGCUAUAACAUUAAUGAUGUCAUGUUUUACUGGACUAGAGGAAACGACUCAGUAAAAGGCCUUAACACCCUCCGGUUGGCUCAGUAUACUGUAGAGGAUCACUAUACAUCGGUUUCUGAAGCUGUAUAUGAAACUGGGCGAUAUCCAAAGCUGGUUUUCCACUUUGAUCUCAAGAGAAAUAUUUUAUACUUCAUUUUAGAGACUUACGUACCAUCUAUACUACUAGUUGUUCUCUCCUGGGUAUCUUUUUGGAUCAGUCAGUCUUCAGUGCCAGCCAGAAUCUGUAUCGGCGUCACGACAGUCCUUACCAUGACGACACUUAUGAUGGGCGCCAGGACCUCUCUACCCAAUGCAAAUUGCUUUAUAAAGGCGAUUGAUGUCUACCUUGGAAUUUGCUUUAGCUUUAUAUUCGGAGCCCUUCUGGAAUAUGCCAUUGCACAUUUUUGUACUCUUCAUCCUCGAGACCUCAAAAACAUAAUAAAGGAUCUUGAAGAAGAUGAUGAUAUUGACAUGAAUGGGACCAUUAAUGCCAUUUCCAGUGGAGAAAACAAUCAAACUGAAAUCGAUACCUGUAAAAAAAAGAAGAGUCGAGAUGGCCGAGUUGUCAAAUGCGGGAAAGGAUUCCAUUGUCAUUCAUAUUGCUUCCAGGUUGAGAAUCCACAUCACAUAGACAACUACUCUAGAGUCUCUUUUCCAUUGUGCUUUAUUAUAGUAAAUGUAAUUUACUGGGUGUAUUAUUUGUAUUUUUAAAGCACUGCGGUAGAAUACUCUUAUUUGGGCCAAAAAAAAAAAGCUAAUGAAAUGCUAUGUAAAUGGAAUGAAAGGAAUAUUUAUUUUUUUGUCAUACUGUACAAAUCGAAAAAAGUGGAGUAAUUUUUGUAUCGGUGUGAGGUGUGGUUAAAAUGGUUUCCCAUAUUGGAAAGUGGUAUCAUAUCGGUAGGAUAUGCCGUAACUUUCUGAUGGGUAUGUAUCCCUGCAGAAAAAUGCUAUGAGCCCAGCUGUGCAGGGGACUGUGUAUGUCGUUUUAUUUACUUGAAUGGGUCUGUGUUGUA